GGGGGGCUUCAGCCCUCCUCGUAGUGUAAGUAAAUUUCGGAAAGCAGAAGGUACAUUGACAGGGUCGUGGUGACAUUAAGCUUACGCUCGACCUGCGGGGACAUAACAAGGGAGGGGGUCGCUGACGCUGCUAAAUUGCAACAUAACAAGACAAGGUAAAAGGGAACGGGUGUGGGGACUAACGCCAGCAGUUUCAAAAUAAUAGUUGCAUGUUACGCUAACUGGAGAGGCAACAACAAGAACAGCAAACGCCCUGUUUGGGUUAUAAAAACCAGACCCUGACAAGAGAUAUUGAGCUACUCUUGGUAUGUACUGUUUUGUGCAUCUAAGUGUGCUCCCUGAUUUAAAUCUGUGACGUCAUUAAAGAGAGCUGACUUGCAACCAACCUUCGCCUCAGACUGCAUCCUUCCCUCAUCAACGGACUCGGUGGAGUCUAACUCCAACAAUUUGGGGGCUCGUCCGGGAUGAGGAGGAGGUUAUUCUAAUUGGAACCAGAGACGAGGUCUUGCGGACGCGGACAGCCACGGGGCCCAGGGAAAAAGGGACCCGCCUGCCAUGCGACGGAGCGACAGGCGGCACCGGGCAGUGGCUGAUGCAACCUGUGUCACAACACCCGGUGGCUGACAUCUACUGGGGCCUCCUGCAGCCUAGCCCGGCGGGUAUCCUGGCGGUGUACUCCGCGUGGCGCUCCUGGAUCUCCCUCCUGGAACCCUACGUUCCUCCGCCCGACCCCCCACAUGUGACACUGUUUUAUGACCGAAAUUCCACAGAAUGGUAUGGGGACCUGUUUUCUGAGCAACUGGAAGGCCACGAGUGGCAAGUUGCUUCCCAAAACAUUUAUGUAGGUCCCGAGGGGGUGGCCUCAGUGGUCCACCUGUCUCCGGAGCAACUGCCCUGGUACAGGAUGGGAGAGGAGGCGGUGCCACAUGUCUCACUCGCCCUACAUCCUAAGCAUCAGGCCAAAGAUUUAGGCCCAAUGGUGAAAAGAGCCACUUCAGCUACGGACUGGGUUCCCACCCAGAUCCCUCAAAUCUCGUACUCCCCCUCCUGCAGUUCCUACUGUAUUCAAACUAAGGUGACAGACACAGCCAGGUUACAGCAUGAACAAUUGUCUAGGGACCAUGGUAGGGAAAAGAUGGAUCAUCCCGGUGCAGCAGCACUACUGGCUUCUCUGCCAGACUCACUGUGGUCCACCAGCCCCACUGAUGUUGGUUUGGUGGACUGCACGCCCGUCGACUUCCUACUGCACCCCAGUGCUGGACCCCUCUGGGUCAAGCAAUAUCAACACAAACCAGCGGCAGAGGAAGGGAUAGCAGAGACUGUAGCCGGUCUCUUACGGGCGGGUGUACUAGAAGGUUCCACUUCUCAGUGGAAUACUCCUAUACUCCCAGUAGAGAAGGCAGGAACAGGCAAGUAUCGUAUGGCGCACGACUUGCGCGCUAUCAAUGAGCUGCUGCUGACUCCCACUGUUCUGGUUCCUAAUCCCUACGUCGCUCUCACCAAUCUUACGCCGUCCCAAACAUGGUUCACUUGCAUUGAUCUGGCUAAUGCUUUCUUUUCUGUACCACUAGCACCCCACUGCAGGGACGUAUUCUCGUUCACGUACAGGGGAUGCCAGUUCAGGUACACGCGACUCCCACAGGGAUUUGCUCUGUCUCCUGGGAUUUUCAACCAGUCGUUGCAGGGCUGCCAUCUCCCUGAUGGGGUCACCCUCGUCCAGUACGUCGAUGACUUGCUUAUCGCGGCCCCGACAGCGGAGGCGGCACUCGAGGCAACGCGGUCAGUGCUCCUCUGGCUGGCAGAAAAAGGAUUUAAGGUCAGUAAGGAUAAGAUACAGGUGGCCCGGACGGUGGUGUCCUUCCUGGGGAGGGUCCUGUCAGGUAAGGGGACAGGGCUCUCUCCGGCCCAUCGGUCAGCCAUCCUGAGUCACCCUAAACCCAUUACUGUGAAGGACAUGUUGUCCUUUUUGGGACUGACUGGCUACAGCCGAACUUACAUUGCAGAUUACACAGGUCUGACGCAACCCCUGAGGGCUCUGGUGCGGCCACAUGGCCUGCGGAGCCUCAGCGCCACUCUGACGUGGGAUCAACCUGCAGAGGAGGCUUUCAUCACUCUCAAGCAGAGGUUGGCCCAAGCAGCUGAUUUGGCGUUACCUGAUUAUUCUCUCCCGUUUCAUUUAGAUGUUUCUGAAACUGGAGACGUCAUGAACGCCGUCUUGUUUCAGAAAAAGGGGGGAGAGAGGAAGGUAUUGAUGUAUAUUAGCACCAAACUCGACACCACAGAACAGCGACAUCUGUCAUGCACCAGACAUGUGGCAGGAGUGGCAAAAGCCGUGCAGAAAACAGCACACAUUGUGAUGGGCCAUGCCCUACACAUCCUGACCACGCACAGUGUGGUGGCCUAUGUGAACUCACAAACGUUCACAAUGACGUCUCUAAGACAGCAGAGGCUCAGCAAAAUUUUAGAGGCACCACAUUUAACUUUUGUCCAUGAGGGCAUCAACAUGGCUGAUCGAAUGGGGGGAGGGGAACCCCACGAAUGUGAGGCAAGGGUCAGGAAAGAGGAGAAGGUCAGGGAGGACCUCGCAGCCGAAAAGAUAGAAGGUACGGAGGAGUGGUUUACUGAUGGAUGUUGUUUUCGAACAGAGAGUGGAAGUUUGCAAGCAGGUUUUGCAGUGGUAGCGAGAGAAGGCCUGGGAUUCAGGACACUGAAAGCAGAGAGACUGGAGGGGGCCCAAUUGGCCCAGAGAGCGGAGAUCAGGGCAGUCAUUGAAGCUUUGAAAUUGGCCGAAGGUAAAGAAGUCACCCUCUAUUCAGACUCAGCGUAUGCGGUGGGGGCUGUGCAUGUGGAACUCAGCCAGUGGCUGAGGGCUGGGUUCUUAACGGCAGGAAACAAACCGAUUAAGCAUGAGGCAGAUAUGAGAGAGUUAGCGGAGGCAUUGAUGCUUCCGGAGAAAAUAGCUGUGGUAAAGUGCAAAGGACAUGAGGGGUCAGGGACAGUGAUAGCACAAGGAAAUCAAGCAGCAGAUGCGGAAGCAAAAGUGGCAGCGGGGUAUGAGGUAAGCAGACAGAUGGUUACAGUAGAAGAGGAACUGGAGGGACAGGGCAGGCUGACCUCAAGCAGGAUCCGAGUCAUGCAGGCGCAAGCCUCCCCAGAGGAGAAGAACAUGUGGGCAGAAAAGGGGGGCAUAGAAACAGAGGGCCUGUGGUGUAACAGGGAGGGGAAGCCUGCCCUCCCUAUGGGAAUUAGGCAACAGGUCAUAGAGGAGGCACACGGUGUGGGGCACGUGGGGGCAGGACAGAUGCUUCACAAUUUGAGAGCAUGGUGGCAUCCGUUCCUGAAGGAUAUGGUAAAGGAGUUUGUGAGAAGCUGUGAGAUCUGUGCGCUGCACAAUCCGAGACCCACGGUAAAACCAGAAAAGGGUCAGUUUCCAGCCUGUCAUAGGACUGGAAAGGAAAUAGUCCUAGACUACACCGACAUGAUAAUACCGGUGCGUGGGAUGCGAUAUGUGCUGAUGUGUGUGGAUGCAUUCUCAGGAUGGCCAGAAGCCUGGCCGGUGGUGAAGUUCCUAGUCAACCACUAUAUACCCAGGCAUGGGUUCCCCGAGAGGGUGAGGUCGGACAAUGGUUCACAUUUCAAAAGCGAGGAUCUGCAGAAGGCAGAAAGGGCGUUGGGACUUAAACAUGCGUUCGGGACAGUGUAUCAUCCUCAGUCCCAGGGGAAGGUGGAACGCAUGAACCAGACGGUCAAAGAAAAAUUGGCAAAAAUCUGUGCACAGACUAAAUUGAAUUGGGUUGAGGCAUUACCCAUGGCACUAAUGUCAAUCAGGUGCUCCAUAAAUCGGGGAACAGGGUUCACUCCGUUCGAGUUGCAGACAGGACGACAAUUCCCAGGGCCCUACGGAGGACACGAGUGGAAACCAGAACAAGGAGGGGUAAGCACGGCCAAAGCAUAUUAUGAGGAGUUACAAGUGCUGGUGACAGAUUUCUCCAAGCAGGUCCAGGAAACGAGACCAGGGGCCCAGCCAGCCAAGCCACAUACAGCGGAGUGGGUCCUUCUGAAGGUCAUCAAAAGGAAGUGGUCAGAGCCCAGGUGGACCGGCCCCUUCCAAGUCACGGAACGGACGUCUCACGCGGUGCGGCUGAAAGGCAAAGGUGAAACCUGGUACCAUUGGAGCCAGUGCGCGGCGGUAGCAGAGCCCAGCAGAUCACUCGCCGACAUCCAGGAGGACCUCGACAACAGCGCAAAGCAACCCGGUUCGGCUGAACCGGCAGUAACUCAGGUCCCAGCAGUAGGGGCAGAAUAAUCCCCUGACCUGAGGCAACCAGCAGGGUAGUCCACCCCUGACUGAAAGAAGACGACUACACCUCAUCCACCAGAGAAAGAUCGGGACCCGGAUGACGAUGAUCAAGAUAAAAAGGGGGACUUUGGGGGGAAAACAAGUAAUGUGUAUGACGUAUAACGUGACUAACAUGCCGAUGGUGAAAAUGUACGGUUCUGUCAUUAAGGCGCUAGAAGGUCUCCACACCCUCUCUUACACCCUACAUGAGCAGUCUAGUAUCGUGCACGUGUGGGAGGACUGGAUCGCCUCUAAGUUCGGGCAGUGGAAGGGACUAAUCGCUUCGCUACUUAUAUCAAUCGCUACGUUUCUCGCAAUAACCGUUACCUGUGGAUGUUGUUGUAUUCCCUGCCUGCGGGCUCUCGCUGUCAGACUGAUCACCACCGCCAUAGAGAAAAAGGCCGAGGACCCCCCUGACACGUAUGUGUCCAUGAUGCCUCUGUUGCCGAUUAAAGAGGUGGGGGAGUUUGAUGAGGGGGUCAUCGGCCUGUCUCUGGUUAGUCUGGAGCGCCCGCUGUAAGUGGUGAUCUCCUUGCGGAGAUCAAAAGGGGGAUACCGCAAAAUUUCGCACAAAGCAAUCCAAUCAUUAGAACCCGUAGUGAUCUCCUUGCGGAGAUCAAAAGGGGGAUACCGCAAAUUUUCCACGAAUCAAUAUAACCAGGAGUAAUUUUACACGCACCAAUGUAAUCAGAAGUGAUCUCUUAGUAGAGAUCAAAAGGGGGAAUUGAAGGGGGGCUUCAGCCCUCCUCGUAGUGUAAGUAAAUUUCGGAAAGCAGAAGGUACAUUGACAGGGUCGUGGUGACAUUAAGCUUACGCUCGACCUGCGGGGACAUAACAAGGGAGGGGGUCGCUGACGCUGCUAAAUUGCAACAUAACAAGACAAGGUAAAAGGGAACAGGUGUGGGGACUAACGCCAGCAGUUUCAAAAUAAUAGUUGCAUGUUACGCUAACUGGAGAGGCAACAACAAGAACGGCAAACGCCCUGUUUGGGUUAUAAAAACCAGACCCUGACAAGAGAUAUUGAGCUACUCUUGGUAUGUACUGUUUUGUGCAUCUAAGUGUGCUCCCUGAUUUAAAUCUGUGACGUCAUUAAAGAGAGCUGACUUGCAACCAA